UGAGGAAGUAGACGCAGAACAAAGGAGAUUAUUGCGCUGUGAUAAAAGAAAUUACAACGCCAUUAAAAAGGUUUCCAUUUUAAUCUGAAUACUUGACAAAUGGGCAUACCAGAAAUAAUGAUCAAUAUGAUAUCCCCACCGACCUGGAGGGCCCUCUAGUAGGUACCCACAUGACUAAAUCCCAGAUUUUAUCCACACAAUUCGUCCUUCCAGUUCCAGCGUUUCACCCGCGUUCGAAUCGUAUUGACCGUGGGCCUGUAGCAAUUAAACGGCUUUGACGCGCUCACGUCAUAAUAACGUUCUGCCAAAGGAAAGGGACAGCAAAAGGUGGAAGCUUGAUCGUUUAACUGUUCUACAAAAUUGAGUAUCGUUAGGUAUCUGCAGAGAGCUUUACAGUGGAGUUUGGGAGAUUGAAAGGGAGAACUGAUUGAUCUGAUUAGGAUGGCUAAGAAGGCUUUACUGGUUGGAUGCAAUUACUCGGGAACCAAGGCUGAAUUGAAGGGAUGUGUGAACGAUGUGAAGAGAAUGUACAGUUGCCUGACCGAUCGAUUUCGAUUCCCAGAGGAAAACAUAACAGUGAUGAUCGACACGGACGAUAGGUUCAAGGAGCCCACAGGGGCCAACAUUAGGAGAGCCCUGACGGCCCUGGUGGAAGGUGCAGAGUCCGGAGAUGUGCUGUUUUUCCACUACAGUGGUCAUGGUGUUCGCCUGCCUGCUGAGAGCGGCGAUGAAGAUGAUACCGGCUAUGAUGAAUGCAUCGUUCCUACUGACAUGAAUCUUAUCACAGAUGAUGAUUUCAGUGAGUUCAUUGAGAAGGUCCCAAGUGACUGUAUCUUUACAAUAGUUUCUGAUUCUUGCCACAGUGGGGGUCUAAUUGAGAAGUCAAAGGAACAAAUUGGAGAGAGUUCUAUGAAUAGGAAUGAGGAGAGGGAAGUCGAAUUUGGCGGGGAGCAGAAGAAAGAAGGCAGAUUUGGCUUCAGAGACUUAUUAUCUGAAACUGUGCAUGAUGCCUUUGAGUCUCGAGGCAUUCGUCUACCUUCCCGACAUGGGCACCAGCACCAGAGUGAAUAUAAUGAAGAAAAAACAGAGGAGGUGCUGAACUAUAGGGGAGGAAAAACUAAAAAUCGUUCUCUUCCUCUGUCUACAUUGAUAGAAAUUCUGAAACAAAAAACUGGUCGACAAGAUAUCGAUGUUGGGAAAAUCAGGCCAACUCUUUUUGACAUGUUUGGAGAGGAUGCAAGCCCCAAAGUAAAGAAGUUUGUGAAGGUUCUUUUUACUAAACUGCAGUCAAAUGAUGAUGAAGGUGGGUUCCUUGGGACCAUUGGAAAUUUGGCUCAGCAGUUUCUGAAGCAAAAGUUGGAUAGCGAUGAUAGUUCUGAGUAUGUAAAGCCAGCAAUGCAGACAAAUGUUUCAAGCACCCAUGAAGUGUAUGCUGGAUCUACUAAGAAAGGGAUUCCACAUACGGGAGUUUUGGUCAGUGGCUGCCAAUCUGAUCAAACUUCUGCAGACGCAAAUCCUACUGGAAACCCUGAUAAUGCAUAUGGAGCUUUAAGUAAUGCAAUUCAAACAAUUCUUUCUGAGCAUGAUGGUCCCGUGGCAAACCGUGAGCUAGUGAUAAAAGCUCGGGAAAUUCUGAAGAAGCAAGGUUUUACACAGCGCCCAGGUCUCUACUGUACUGAUUGGCAUGCAGAUGCUCCCUUUAUUUGUGAUUAGAAAAUCAUGACUUAAUCAGUUGGCCAUAUGAAGUUAUAAACUAUAGUUUCUGUAUGAGUGUGAUGUUGCAAUGGAGUGUUCUGACAAUAGUUACAUAAGUAGUAAAUCACGAUGGGUCCAUGGGGACAACUUCUAAGGUGUUUUCUGGGUUCUAAGGUGUUUUUUGGGUUCCUGUGGAUUAAAUGCUUUUGCAGUCCUUGAAAGGCAAUGUAAAUACAAUUCCAUUUACUGCAUAUUAAGUUCAAUUCCUGACUUAUUAUCUGGGCUAGUCUUUAGUCUUUGGAAAAACUCAUUGUUGUGUUAAAAAAUGACCUUUUCCGAAGGGAUUGCAAUUACUGAAAAUGUGUUCAUGAUUACUGAAAUUUCUUCUUAUUAUUCCACACUACUGUUAUUUGUCUUA